AAGAAAAAGAAAAAGAAAAAAGAAGAGACCAGCCCAGACCACACAAAUCCUCUCGCUCUCGCACCCGGCCGCUCGUUCCCCAUUCCCUCGCCGCCGGCGCCACCGCGCCGCCGCAGCGCCAUGCUCCGGCUCCGUAGGUGCGUCCUUGCCCAGCUCCUAUCGUCUCCCUCCGCCUCCACCAUCUCCCCUCUCCUUCGCCUCCUCUCCGCGGCUGCGCCCGCCGUCUCCCCUAACCCUAGCUUCGCCGUGGAGGAUUACCUCGUCGCCACCUGCGGCCUCUCCCGAGCGCAGGCACUCAAGGCCUCCCCGAAGCUCUCCCACCUCAAAUCCCCCGCCAAGCCCGACGCCGUCCUCUCCUUCCUCGACGGCCACGGCUUCUCCAGCUCCGACGUCGCCGCCGUCGUCGCGGGAGACCCCAAGGUACUCUGCUCCAGCGUGGAGGGAUACCUCGGCCCCGUCGUCGCCCAGCUCACCGGCCUCGGCCUCUCGCGUUCUCAGAUCGCGCGCCUCAUCUCCUACUGCCACGGCAAUUUACAUCUGACAUCCAUCGUCUCCAAGCUGCAAUACUACCUGCCCCUCUUCGGCUCCAUCGACAACACCCUCCUAGCUCUCAAGCGCUGCUUAUACCUUAUCUCGUCUGACCUAGAGAGGGUGGUCAAGCCCAACGUCGCGGCCCUGCGGGACUCGGGGCUGGGUGAUUGCGACAUUGCCAAGCUGUGCGUCCCUAGUCCACGGCUGCUCACAACUAAUGUAGAAUCCAUCCGGGCAAUGGUGUCAUGCGCUGAAAGUCUUGGUGUGCCUCGUGGAUCUAGGAUGUUCAGGCAUGCCAUGUCUGCUGUUGUGUUCCUCGGCGAGGAGAAGAUCGCUGCCAAACUGGGGUACUUGAAGAAGACCUUUAGGUGGUCAGAUGCCGAGGCCGGCAUUGCUGUGUCCAAGUAUCCAAUCUUGCUAAGGAGGUCUAAGGACUCUCUGCGGAGCAGGUCAGAGUUCCUCAUCUCUGAGGUGGGGCUGGAACCGGCAUACAUUGCUCAUCGUCCGCUAUUGCUCUCUUACAGCCUGGAGGGCCGGCUCAGGCCCCGGUACUAUGUUGUGAAGUUUCUCAAGGAAAAUGGAUUGCUACAUCGCGGCCGGGACUACUAUUCUGCAGUCGCGGUGACUCCGAAGGUAUUCAUGGAGAAGUUCAUAUGCCCUCACAUGGAAGCUGCACCGCACCUUGCUGAAGACUAUGCGGAAGCUUGCAGAGGCGAAGUGCCGACUAGAUUCAGAUUUACAUGAACCAAGAAUUUUAUGGUAUUAAAGUUUGAAACUGCUUACUGCACCCCAGAGAUUUCGCUUGCGGAGUAAGCUGGUAGGCUUUGUUUCAGUAUCCGUGCCUAACUAGAUGUUGGUUGUCUUUCUAGUAUGGCUAUGACAUGCUGGUUUGGUCGUUGCUACUUGCUAACACCUGAUGAAGCUACUAAUUUAUUUCUUGAGACCUGGUAUGUCCAUCUCAUCAUUCAGCAGAGAAGAGAACAUCAAACUGCUAUCUUGCCCAUUCUCUUGCCUUAUUGACACACAUAUUGGAACUAAGAGAGUGUGAGAUCAGGUCAUUGUGCAGACACAUUGAAAUAUCUGUGACUAGUAUAUCUGCAUUUGUAUAUUUGGAAUACUGAUAUGAAAGGACCAGGAUGACCACAAUAUGUUGAUCACUGUCGAGGAUGGCAUUUUGAUAUAGUUUGUUGGUUGCUUGCUCCAGUUCUUGUUAGCUGAAAAUUGAUCAUUUUUCUUUCUGCAGCAUCUUUGUUUGAAGAGUUAAAUUUUUGUUAAAGUAAUUGAUGGUUUACUAAUUCAUACGAGUAUUUUCCUUUAUUAUUCUCCUGUAUUUCUGAAUGGUGUACUGGUUGAUACUUUCUACCAGUAUUACAAUUUCUGCAUACAGCCUACCAGUACAGUCUUGGUUUUUGAGAAUUUGUAGCUAUAUGUUGAUUAUUACUGUUUAUUAGAGCGAAGGAGAAAGACCUGGGUGACCAUUUUAUUUUAUUUUGCAUUUGGAUGCCAUUGUACAGAUAAUGCGCCUCUGCCCCCAUUCAUUGUUUAAAGGUGCAAACAAAUUUGCCCUCUCAUUUUUUCCGGUUUUAGCUUUUAAGAAUAGGAGAUAGAUAGUCUGUCUAUUCUUGUGCAAUAAAGGAAAGCUCGACUAUGCCAUAGAAAGUGUUGUUGUUAUACUGUCUGUACUUGAUCCACAAAACACAUAAAAGAGCUCAUUGCCUCCUUGAGUUAACGGUUUGUAUUCAGCAAGUUCAUGUUCUGUUUAUGAAGCAGGUGACUUGUGAUGACUAUUGGAUGUCGUUCAAUUGCUUUUCAACCAUGCCCAUCAUCUUUUUGUGCUAUGAUGAAGCAGGUUGAGGAUAUUGUCCAUGCAAUGAUAUAGGCUUGCUUGCAGGAACCCAUGGCAGGGAGGUGACCGGUAGCUGAUAGCACAAUCUGAUCUUCUCAAGAACCGUACUUCGUUCAGCUGCAAGACAAGGCAAAUUGCUUUAGGUUAUCACGUCCUAUAAUAUCAAAUAAACAUCCUAUUAGUUUACAGGAUCACAUAUUUUUAGGUUUUUAAUGCGGUUCAUGAUGAAACAGCUAGAGCUUAUCAGCAUAAUUUUUUGAUAUAUACUAUUACCUAACUGACAUGGUAUUUCAGCAUAAUGCGGUUAUUACGUCAGUUAUUUCCGAACGGAGGGAGUAUCACUUAUACUAAUACUGAUUUUAGGUGACCGCUUAUCAUCCUCUGUAUAUCACUGAUGCUACAUGCCACAACAAGUUUUUAGUUUUCCUUUCUAGAGAUAGUUGUGCUUAGAAUCAGGAUAUUGUCACCAGAUAUGCACUCCAUUUACCCUUUUAAAGAGAAAGGAGCAGGCAUAUUUGAUAGCCGGAGGCUCCUUGACAACAUCCCAUUUCAAAAUAUCGAAACAGUUAUUAUGUUCUUGCAAUGAAAUGCCUACUAUUCUGAUUGUUACCCGAAGUUUGUGACCGUUUUCCCAGGUUUUGGCCUUGCUGCACAUUUGCGUCCCUUGUCAAAUGCCACUAGAUUUAUGAGGGUGGGGUGAUCUAUUAUGAGGCAUUUUUUUGUGUUCUUCAAAAUUUAAACGGUGGAAAUGUUUUAAUUUUUAAAUAGACAAACAUGAAUGACCAUGUUAAUGAUCCAUUACUAAUACCAUCCGCUUGGGUGCAUUCUAUGGCUGAGAAUAGGGGGGUGUCCCUGGCAGGAAAAUGGCACACAAGAGAGAUUGUUUUCUGAACUAAACUUUGGCAAAACCGCGGACAGGUACUUAUGGCUUUCAUGGAAGGAACUCUGAGUAUCAGUGGAUGUUUGGUGAGGAAGAUCUUAAAUCUCUCCCUGUCCGAUAACACGCUGAGCAGCGAGUGCAUCAGGAUUGGGUGAUUAUUCACGGUUUUGGUUUGCUUGGCUCCACACUGCAGAAGACAAAGAAUUUGUUUCAAAAUCCUGGCAGAAGGCAGAAUUAGGUCAACAGAACAAGUAUUACUAUGAUGACAAGUUGAAGCGAUUGGUAGUGGAAACAACUGCUCAUUUAUGUCACAAGCUGCAUCAUUGAGUGGGACAUAUUAUAUACUCCCUCUGUUCCUUGAUAUAAGGUGUAUAGAUUUUUGAGAAAAAGUCCGAAAUAUAAGGUGUAUUGCGUUGCACCACUCGUCUGGAUAAUGUUUUUAGGGAUUUGACUACAUUUCCUUAUAUUAGGCAGGCUUCUCUAUUUUCUCAUGUCAAUUA